AUGGCUGUACUUGAGACGACAGAACCAGGGCCAUCUGGGGCUGACGACGAUGAGUCCGAAGAGGAAGAGGAGGAAGAGGAGGAAGGGGAGGAAGGGGAGGAACGGGAAGGGCAAGAGGAGCAAGAGGAUGGACAAGAGGAGCAAGAGGAUGAACAAGAGGAUGAACAAGAGGAGGAACAAGAAGAAGAGCAAGAGGAGGAGCAAGAGCAGGAGCAAGAGGAGCAGAAAGAAGAUACAGUGGUGGAGUUCCAAGACAGGUCAGAGGAGGCAGACGGAGAGGCAGAACAGCCUCAGGUUGUGGUGGCGGAGAUGGGUGUUGCUCUGGCCUUAGACACUGCCCGGAGAUCCUCUCAUCAGUUGCUCCGAGGCCGAGCAGUGGAGCGGCAUGCUUCCCCCAGAGGCAACUGCUCCCUGGGAAGUCUGCGACGAGGUGUGCUCCCUUUCAUGCGCCGGCGCGGAAUUGAAGCUUCCUCGUCCGGUGUACGACCGGCUCUACAAGUACCAACGACAGGGUGCAGUAUGGAUGUGGAAUUUGUACCAGAGAGGCAAUGGUGGCAUAUUGGCCGACGAGAUGGGCCUGGGCAAGACAGUGCAGGCUGCAGCCUUCCUCGCUUGCCUGAAGUUCACAAAUCAAGGAGAUCGCGGUUCCUGGUGGUUGUUCCAGUCACGCUCCUCGAGCAGUGGCGCCGUGAGUUGGAAACUUGGGCGCAAAACACUGGCCUGGCGAUCCACGUGAUGCAUGGCGCGCUGCACGAAAGGAAGGCGGCGAUCAGGGGCUUUGUGGCACGUGGCGGAGUCCUACUGAUCUCCUACGAUUUGGUUCGAACUUGUCUCUACCAAAUCCGCACUGCCGGCUUGACAGAAGCCAGCGCAUCCUUACCGCGCAAGCGGAAACGGUGCGACAGGCGAGGCUGUCGCGAUGAUGACAGCCCCAGCGAGGAGGAAGCAGCAGCUCGGCCCGAUCCUGACGAGAAGCAGCCAUGGGAUGUGCUGAUUGUGGACGAAGGGCAUCAGAUCAAGAACCCAUCGUCGCAGUGCGGCCGUGCCCUGCGCCGAAUCAACGCCCGGAGCCGUGUGCUGCUGACGGGGACACCACUCCAGAACAAGUUGAGUGAUUUGUGGGCCCUCAUGGAUUUUGCACAACCUGGCCUUCUUGGCAACCACGCAACCUUCGAAAGAAACUUCUCGGAGCAGAUUGCCAAGGGCUCCAAACGAAAUGCCUCUCGGUUUGCUGUGGAACUCAAAGACCACCUCGCUCGCGAGCUCAAGCGCCUCACUGCGCCUCACUUCUUGCGGCGGCUGAAGUGUGAAGUCGCCGGCGCCGGCGCACCUGAAGCCGCGAGACCCAACGAGCUGCCUCCGAAGACCGAUGUGGUGCUGUGGUUAAACUUGACCUCCGCACAGACGGAGCUCUACAACCUGUUUCUGACCAGCGAGCUGGUGAGCAAGGCACGCGGCGGCACCAAAUGCGGCAUGGAGGCAUUGCGGGCGAUUGCCAUGCUCAAGAAGCUGUGCGGGCACCCACUGAUGUGCUUGCCUCCCGACGAGUACAAUCAGUGGCGCGCACGGACUCUUCAGUCGCAACCUGUGCCAGCUGAACAAGAAUCUAGAGCUGUGCCCUGUGAAACUACACAGGAUGCCACGCAAGAGGCUCCAGAGUGUCGGGAACUUCUGCCUCGCUUGCGAGCUCUCUUGCCAAAUUCUGCGCAGGGUGCAGCACUGUUGUCGACCAAGCUCCGUGUACUUUCGGUGCUGUUGCCACAGCUGCAGAAGCGAGGCCACCGAUGCCUCAUCUUUUCCCAGAACGUGCGGAUGCUGGAUCUCAUCCAGGGCUGUGUGCUGAGAGUCUUGGGCCUGAAGUUCUUGCGCAUUGACGGCAGCAUUGAUCCCAAGGAUCGCGACUUGAAGCUGCAGAAGUUUCAGCAAGAGGGAUCGAAGUAUUUUGCACUUUGUAUGAGCAUGCAAGUUGGUGGAACUGGACUCACUGUGACGGGUGCAAACAGGGUCAUCCUGGUCGAUCCAGCUUGGAACCCCUCAGCUGAUGCUCAAGCAAUUGACCGUGUACAUCGCAUUGGUCAGAAGCAGGAGGUAGUCGUGUACAGGCUCAUUGGCUCCGGUGCCAUCGAGGACAAGAUGUUUCGCCUUCAGAUCUUCAAAGGCGGCCUCUCGAAGACCUUCAUGGAGCACGAACAGCAAGUCCGCUUUUUCACUCACCAGCAGCUGAAAGCCCUGUUCGAGCCUCCCAACCAGUCGAUGUCCACGCAGACCUUGAUGGCCGAGCAGAUCGGAACAGAGGCGCUCGAGCAUGAAGACCUCCUGAAAGUGGUCGCUGGCGAUGUUGGAAGCACAGAUGACCCUCAAGCCCUGGCGUUUUGGCAGAGUUCUGACGUUCUGGGCUUCUCCGACUAUCAGCGGCUCUUCAUGUUCCUGGAGCAAACCGAACCUCCCGAACAAGAGGUUGUGGAGCAGGCCCGAGAAAUGGCAGCCAGGUUGAAGAGCGAGGAGUAUGUGAAGGAUCAGGUCAUUCAAGGAAAGUGGCGUGGAGAAAGAUUUGCAAAGGAGAAUGUGAAUCCACAGACGGACUCCUUGCCUUUGCAGGAUUCCUGA